AUGCCCUCCCUAAAAUUGCCGGGUCUGCUCCACCCAGGCACCGCCACGAAGGCCGACGACCGGACACGGUUGGCUACCGUGUGCGAGGCCGAAUCCUACGACGCACCAUGCGGGUUUGCCUGCCACGGGGAGCACGACUCGAGGAGCAAAUGGGCACUCUUCUUCCGAUCACAGCCCGUCUUCGCGCAGUACUUCAAGCUGCUCGUGCUGUUCGUGUUCGCCCUGGCGCACGUCUUCUACAUCACCGACUUUUUGGAGGUGUUCAGGGCGUAUGAGGAAACGGAGAUGUACAUCGCCGCAAGGUACCCUGGAACGUCAAACCAGGACGCGAAUGGGAUCCGCUACGUCAUGCAUCUUCUUGUGGAGUACAAGAAGAACCUGUGGAUGAGCGUGGCCGCGAUGUGCGCCAGCCUUUCCGCGUCGUGCUUCUUCCUGCUGCUGAUCAACGAGGAGAAGUGCUACAAGCUGUACACUGUCAUGAUGCGCGUUCUCGACAUGGUGUCCUUCUUGGCCCUUCCGCUCCUUCUCGUCUUCCGCAUGUUUACCGUAACCCAGCUGAACGUGCAUCUGAAUCGGGUGUUGGUUGGAUUGUCGCGGCUGUCCGACCCGUCGCUGCUCAUGAACCGGCUGAAGUGCAGUAUCGAGGAGCGAGAGAAUCUUCCCCUCUGCUCCCUCGUCAUCGAGCGUGCCAUCUUCCCGGUCGUCGUCCUCGAGUAUCUCCUCGUGCUCGCCGUCAUCACCGCGGCGUACAUCGGCUUGGCGUACGCGAUCGUCUACUGCAUCCGGCACUGGUUCCCCCAUCAGGGACGUCACCGUGUCGUCCGUUCCGUUUCGCAACGACUUUACGGCCCGCUCGUCUCCGCC